CUUUUCUUUUCUUUUUUUUCCUGUGUUGUGUUCUUUGACAUGGGCGAAGAAGUCACGGUACCGGCAACACCUCGCCUUCUCGUGGCAGAGUGACAACUUUAUUGAUCACCACAGCCCCCGUUUUUUUUUUUUUUUUUUUUUUUUUGGCGCCCUCUCAAUGGGAGCGCGCUUUUUUUCUGGGGAAUUACCCGUCGUUUUGCUUCGCCAAUUAUGUUCACUUUUGCUGCCUUCUGCUAUAUGCUGUCUCUGGUUCUCUGCGUGUCGCUCAUCUUCUUCGCAAUAUGGCACAUCACAGCGUUUGAUGAGCUCCAGGCUGACUUCAAGGUGCCAAUCGAUCAAGGCAAUCCACUCCAUGCGAGGGAGAGACUGCGAAACAUCGAGAGGAUCUGCAACCUUCUGAGGAAGUUGGUGCUCCCGGAGUACUCGAUCCACGUGCUCUUCUGCAUCAUGUUCCUCUGUGCCCAAGAAUGGCUGACGGUGGGCCUCAACAUCCCCCUGCUCUUCUACAACACGUGGAGUCGGUACUUCCAUUCCCCAACGGAUAGCAAGGAGUUGAGCUACGACCCGGCUUCGGUCAUGAACGGCGACACGCUCAAGUUCUGCCUGAAGGAGGCCUGGUGCAAGCUGUCCUUCUUCGUGCUCUCCUUCUUCUAUUAUCUCUACUGUGUGUGGAACCUGGAGAUAUCCCUCUCAUAGCUCGUACAAAAAAGUCUGGUCUACUCGCUGGUUACCUCAUAAGCGACACAUCGACACCCAAAGAGCCUCUGGACACGCCAACUGCCCUAUUUUACGAAUGCUUUUUGCCAGACAUGUAAACGGACGCUUCCUUUGCCGCUUCCCUUUCCGCCCCAAGGCGAAGGGACGUAUCCGUGCUCGACGACCCCCCGCCCCCGACCCCCCCUCGCGGUUUGACCGAUCACCUCCAGUUGACGGCAACUCGUUCUCACGUCUUGUAGCAGCGACGGUGGCGCGCGGGACGACAAGCACAGUAGCAUUUGCACAGUUUGUCUCAGGCACAGCAGUACUGCCCCCCCCCCACACCCCACACCCCCAAUCCGGCACAGCUCGGACGCCGUCGGAAACGGGGAACGUGCGCACGAACCGGAUCACGUUUCUAAAAGGAAAAUUUUCAAAACUUUUUUUUUUGGGGGGGGGGGCGGCACGGACGUACAUUAGGACUUUUUGGACGCACUCUUUGUCCCACGGACACGUAUGUAUGCGGCGAAUGCCUUGUUCACGUGGUUUUAGUGUGGCUCCAUGAGAAUUUUUUGCGCACGCAAAAAAUUUGCGCACGCGCACAAUUGCACAAGUCGUGAAUUUAUUAAUCUUGCACAGCGUUUGCGAUAUUUAGCCGAGUGUCGGCGAUGGCGUCUGGCGCGCCGCCGAAGGUCUUCCAGUCCGUCCAAUUGAAAACUUUUCGACUUUGAUUUCACCGAGGGACCAAAACGCUCUUUUGGUUAAUCGUGUCAGUCAAGUGUGAGAUUUGAAUUGCAUCCCAGUUGAGUUGAAUGAUUUUUUUUUUUUCUGUCGUUAAAAAAAAAAAAAAAAAAAGAAGAAGCGCACGUGGACUUUGGCCAAUAUUGGCGCUCGCACGAAAUACAGCGCCUAUGCUUGCGCCGACAUUACGUGGCAAAUUCGUCAACGCAAGAGUCGGCAUUUCCCAAACCUCGUCCGCAUCCUUUUUGUGUCCGAGUCCAAAUCGUCUCCCGUGGCCGACAUCGACGUGCAGUAGAUUGGAAGCCCCGCCUUUAUUUCCCCGCCCCCCCCCCUUCUGUAUUUUUGUCAUUUUCUAUCCUGACCGUGGAUGUGAAUUGAGAUAUUGUUUAUGAAAUAAACUUCUUUUAAAAUCAAAA